AUGUCAACCGAUGGCUCUCCUGCUGGUGACCAUGCGCAGGGUCCAGCAAGGAAAAAGAUGAGGAAAGGUACUAAGAGCUGUAUUGAGUGUCGUAGGAGGAAGAUCAAGUGCACAUUUGAGCCUGGCAGGACCUCUAUAUGCAACGAGUGCUUUGCUCGUGGUUCUACCUGUAUCGACCAGGAACAUGGCGACGUAUCUAGCUUCUCAUCCAACACUACAGUCCUCCAGCAGAAGGAAGCCCAGAAUUCUGCUUUACAGUCAAGGGUUACAUAUCUGGAAGAUUUAGUGAAGCAGGUACUGGACAGGCUGCCAGAGAAGAAUGGUGUCGCAUCGCCUGCCGCGCCAGCUGCACCACCUCAGACUCAGACCAUGCAAGCCGACACCCAAGCAGCAAAAGUUCUAGAAAGUCUAAGAAGUCCUGCCCGAAACUUACAUUCAUCGGAAGAGAUAUUCAUGUUCCCAGGCGAGGCCACCGCGAGCGCCCCAGCUCUAUCGCUGUUCGACAACGACGUAAUAAAACGAAGAGAACUACCUGCACCCAUAUCUCGAGCACAAUACAACAAGUCGAAGUCCUUGAUAGCCUCGCUUCUACAGCUCCUUCCUACUCCAGAUGACCUCGAGGUCAUACUCGAAAAUUCACAAGAAUGGUGGGCCAUAUGGCGGACUAUGUUCCCUCAUAUUACUGAUCGACGGUGUGUGACUAUCAAGGAGUCCGUCUCCCAUUCUUUGAGGUCGGAGAAACCUGCAGAGAUAGCUAAGAUCAUGCUGUGUAUCGCCUUGAGUAUAAAUCAACUACCUCAAGAAUUUGAUUGGAGCCGCGUAUCAAUGAAGCAAGACCGUACGGAACUGAUGGAGCGGUACAUUUCUACCGUCGACCGACUGAUCAUUCAAGAUGAUGAAAUCGGUGCCACAAUUGACGGUCUAGAAUGCAUGAUCCUCGAGGCCAAGUAUCACAUCAAUCUUGGCAGACCACGCAGAUCCUGGCUACUCUAUCAUCGUGCCAUUGCUUUUGGACAGCUUCUUGGUCUGCACAGGCUCACCGUAAGACGCCCCAAGAGACCAGACACAGAGUACUAUAGGCAACUAAUGGUAUGGACACAUCUCGUGAUGGGGGAUCGGUAUUUAUCCCUAGUCCUUGGACUGCCAUAUUCGGUAGCUGAGGCCUUUGUGUCUGCGUCAAUCGCUGAAGCGGCUGUCAUUGCGCAAGAGUCUGCAGCUGGAGAAGCCUACCUUGCAAGGAUGGCACCUAUCUUGACAAAACUCAUUGAUAGGAACCAGAGUCCAACCACCAUGCCUUAUUCGCAUUCACUCAACUUAGACAGAGAGGUCGAUGAACUGUACGCUACGACACCGAAGCACUGGUGGACGGUCGAAAGACUACCAAAUACUGCGAUAGAAGAGCAUUUCGAUCGCCUCCAAGCACAGUUCUUCCACUAUCAGACAAAGGUUCUUCUACACAUGCCAUUCAUGCUUCGAUCAUCCAGCGACAAACUCUACCAAUAUUCUCACGCAACGUGCUUAGACGCUGCCCGGCACAUGAUACGCUACUUCGACGCUUUACGAGGCGCUGAUAGUGUUGGUCCUCAUAUUUGCAAACUGCUUGAUUUCCAGGCGUUUACAGCGGCAAUGCUUCUGAUACUCAAUAUCUGUGGAUACAAUUCGCAUAUUAGAGGCACUUUGCCACAACAGCCAGACUUGGAGCAGGACCAAGAAGAUUCUGCUUUAAUUGAUCGAACUAUUACUCUGCUUCGUGUAGCAGCUAAUGAGCCUGGUGGCGUUGUGGCGUCUCAGUGUGCGAAAGCGCUUGAAUAUCUUGGUCGGGUUAGGUCAGGUAAAUGUGACCAAGAAAAAGCCUGUAAAGAUUCGUGUCAGAUUGCUAUUCCUUACUUCGGCACGAUCUCGAUUGGGUUGGGCAAGCACUUCGUACCAAUCAAACCAGGAACAUAUCCAGAAGCAGGUGCACCACGGCAAUCAGUGACCGCCUCCGCAAAGGCCCAACAGCAUGCUCAGCAGCAUAUAAUGAGUGGUUUACCUACUCCAAGUUGCAGUUCUCACUCAUCUCAACCUUCGCCAAGUAUAAACAGCGAAGGAAUACGUCAAUCACCUUACGAGUAUCCUUUAUCAGCUCCGAACGGUAUGGACAACUCUUGGACGGCAAGCACUGAGGAUCCAUUCAUCACAUUUGAUAGUUUUAUGGCAUUUCCUGGGGCGGAAGUUUUGGACUUCAGCUCAAACAUCGACCUUACAUCCAACAAUUAUGGCCAACAGCAAGCUGUGAACGUGUAUGGACCACAAUACCAGGACCAAAACAUGCCUGGAGAUAGUUUUCCAUUUCCCAAUAUAGGUGGAGGAGGGUUAGAGCUCGAUAAUGGGUGGAAUUGGUUGGGGCUUGAUGCAACGAUCACGUCUUGA